CGUGAAGAGAAUGAAAUUCGACGACAACUGAACCAUAUGAAUACGAAUAAGGAUAUGAUCGGUGGCUUCCCGGACAUACAAAUUGAUGGCCCAACUGCGGCAACUUCAGGUUGGAAUAUCCUUUAG